AAGAAAUACUACUAUUAUUACUUAUGUUUCAACAACAAACGAGUCUAUGUAUGUUCACCUUGAUAUGGAUAACUUUUACGUCAACAGAUGCUGUCACACUGACCGGGUCGUCCCAGUACGCUGUACCUGGGUCUGGGUUUACAUUGACGUGUGAUGUACCAGAGGAGGCUGAGGGUGUAAGGUUUUACCGCCGUCCUGAAGUAACAUCUCCAGAAGGUGUUAUUCAAGUAGGAGGUGAUCAAUGUUACAACGUAAACGUAGUCCCACCUGUCCUCUGUACCCCGGAUAUAUGUUCUUGUGUAACGUCUGGAGGCCUCGGUACAGUGUUCCGAUGGAUCAUACAGCCACAGACUGGAGACCAUGGAUCUGUGUGGUUCUGUACACGUACUAACACCAUCCUACCUAACCUUACACUGGAAAGUGCUGACUAUACAUUCAAUAUAGCGGGCGGUCCUAGUACGUCCAUAGCUCUGUCGCCGCCGGACACUACCUACACCAGGACAGAGGGCGACACAUUACCAGCUAUCACAUGUACAGCGGAUUGUAGACCUAGCUGUACCUUCGUCUGGACACGACCGGACAACACCAACUUUACUGUUUCUCCUGUAUUAUCACUGGAACAACUGGACAGGUCAGAACACGGAACCUACAGGUGUACAGCUAGAAAUAUUGCUGGUGAAUCAACUUCAACAGUCAGUGUUUCCUUAGAGUAUGGACCUGGAGACAGCAUUUCAUUUGAACCCCAACAAGAUAGUGUUGAUGUCGUUGAAAAUCAGACCAUCACAGAUGUCACUUGCUCUGCUAACUGUAGACCGUUGUGUUUCCUCACCUGGUCUAAAUCAGGAACGUAUUACCCGAACCCAUUGAAUCUAUCUAUGGCCACGAGGACAAAUGCCGGACAAUACACAUGUAGAGCCUUCAAUCCUGUCAGUUACGGAACUAAGACGUGGAACCUUAUUGUCAGAUUUCCACCUCGAAGUAUCGAGGUUGUUUACAGCCAAGGGGAUGUUGACGUGAGAGAACAUGAAUCUAAAUCACUGAUAUGUACUGUGGAGAGUUAUCCUCCAUCCACAAUACAGUGGCUUUAUAAAGCCACCAACACCAUUCUACUCAACACCCAUGACGUCUUAGAGAGUACCUUUACCCUGACUAACGUUAAAUGUCUGGACACAGGACUGUAUACCUGCGUCGUAAGGAACAGCGUGUCUGCAACAGCUGUCACCAGGGACAUACCUGUCAACGUUCUCUGUAAACCUCGCCAGGACCAAAGGGUUGCACUUGAACAUACCUUUGUAUUAGCAACGUCGGAAACACUGGUCAUUCCUGCUAGGUUCCUGUCGAAUCCAGAGCCAUCAUAUAGUUGGUCAUUUCAAUCACCAACAACAACCGCUGUCACUGACCUUGCUGAUGGAAGAAACAGUUUUAAUAUACAAUCUUCCUUCGUAAUGAUGAAUCUGUCAGCAGUAUCAGUUGGGACACGUGCAGAUAUACAAGAAUCAUGGUUUGGCGUGUACAAUGUAACGGCGACAAACAGUCAAGGCAGUCACACACUGAGUUUCACAGCUUUGGCAAAAGAAAAUCCCAGACCGCCAAAGAAUUUAUCAGUCAGUUGUGGGAAUCCAUAUUCCGUUGAUGUAUCGUGGAAUAACGGAGGAUAUACCAACUAUUUCCAUGUUUUAUACAGUACUGACAACUUCAUACAGUCAGUUACGUAUCCCACCAAUAUUUUAGAAAAGAAAGGUGAAGCAAAUGACGUUUACAGUGUAACUAUAGACAAUCUAGAAGGAGACAGACUAUACUUCUUUAAGGUUAUAGCUUACAACUCUAACGCGAACCGUACAUCAUUUAAAACAGCUGGAUGCAAAGUUCAGGAAGGAAAAUCCUGCAGUACAGACAGCAUGUAUAUAACAGGAGUUGUGCUGACAUGCAUUGGUGGACUUAUGAUUACACUAACAUUUGGACUUGGAAUCUUCAUCUCUCGAAAUGGUCGACUUCCAUUAACCAAAGGCCGGCGUUUAAAAGACAAUACGUUUGAAAACGUUCAACUUCACGAACAAGAUGUUCAUACUCAAGGGAACGAUGAAAGAUCAUACCAACAACUUGACAGAAGUGAUAUUGGCAUGCCUUCUGUAUACUCUGAAAUCGGCCAAAUAGGAAAUCAACAGCAAGAUACUAACGAUGAUGCAACAGAUAACAGAAACUAUGAGUCACUGAAAGGGCGGUCAAGGGCGAAUGUUUAUGAUGAGUUGCAAAACACUGCAUCUGGAAGCCAAGGUGUAUAUACCAACACUUCAUGAAAAUCUACACAUCAUUACAAUUGAAACAUUUGGAUGUAUGUAUAUUGGAACGAUCGAUGGAGAUGUGCUAAAACAUUGGAUUGAAUAUACAUGGAGUAGUGUAUAUUUUGCGAAAAUUGUGAAAAACAAUGAUAUCGUUAUUUUCAUGGUAUGUAACAUGUACUUAGUCCAACAACUAAUACUCAUUUAAAAACAGAGCAUGUACGACCUGUGCUUUAAACACACACAUAUAUAUAUAUAUCACGUAAUCUAUUGAAUAUCAAGAGUGUCGAUUUAGAAAGAAGCCAUUUUUGACUUUGUUCUUUUUUCAAGACAGAGUAAAAUAUCCUGCAGAUUAGAAUAUGACAACCCCAGAUUCCCAAACUAUAGGGUUGAAUCAGUUGCCCAAAUUCGGGUACCAAAUGUUCUUCAUUUUUAAUAUACAUACUAAAUAUUUGAUGUGCGACUUGUAUUUCUAUGACAGAUUCCAGCUAUGGACAAGAUAUUUAUUGGUCCUGGUCAUGUAUAUUGUUCUGAUCAAGAACGCUGUUUUUAUUUACAUUUCACAUGCACAAUGUAGAUGGUUGAUAUUGUAUAUAUUUGUCUUGUUUAAACUCGGGUGACGUUUGUUGUUUCGAAUUGAU